AUGACAUCGACGUGCCAAGCCCGGUCACGUGACGUGACUCGCUUUUCGCCCCCGUUCUUGCCCGCCAAACAAGUCGCGACAGGUCAAAAAGUGAACGGCAAAAAAAAAAAGUCAACAUUCAGGAGUCUUCGCUCCACGACUUGGACCAAGCACCGACCAGUCUCGGCUCCCGGCACGAUCGAGAACAGAGCGCACAGAUUUUACUUUGGUCGAUGCAUCAUCUCUGUGCUGUUCUGCCGCGUUUCUCGUUUCUCCCUGACUCCGCGACCAGCAGCAGCUUCUAGAGCAGUAGAGGCCCUUGACCGCGCCGGUCCCGACAGCAGUGUAUCGUCAAGUCGACCGAGAGGGUUCUCGAAAUAUCUUAUUUGGGCACGAUUUUCCAUCGCGUUUCUCCUUCCGACUUUGUUUGCGCCUCCACACGGCGUUGUCACACCUGCGUUGCGCGAGCGGCGUGACUAUCCUCCUUCCUACCGCAUCUCGUGUUCGUUGAAUCCAAGCCAACUCGCCCAUUCCGCAAGUCAACAACGUAUUCGAGCGUCGAAGGACCAUCCAUAA